UUGGCCUCCCACUAAAAGGCUCUUCUUCUCCAGCAACACCAAGCAUCCUACAUCCGAUAUUCUCCCUUCAUUAGCCCAAUAAAACCAAACAAAAUCAGAGAGUGAGAGAGAGGUGUAUUAAAUAUUAAUGAAGCUUUUCACUACUAUUUUUUAUUUAAUUAUGUUUCUAGCUUCUCUUUUAUCAUACUGUUUAUUCAAGAAAGAAAAAAGGAGGCACAAACAAACAGCCAGGCUUCCUCCAGGUUCAAUGGGGUGGCCUUGCAUUGGUGAAACUCUCCAAAUGUAUUCACAAGACCCCAAUAUUUUUUUCGCCUCAAAGCAGAAAAGGUAUGGAGAUAUAUUCAAAACCAGAAUACUUGGGUACCCUUGUGUCAUGCUAGCAAGCCCUGAAGCAGCUCGUUUUGUGCUAGUGACUCACCCUCACUUAUUCAAACCCACAUACCCAAAAAGUAAAGAAAACUUAAUCGGACCUUCAGCCCUGUUUUUUCAUCAAGGCAAUUAUCAUGCUCGCAUGAGAAAGCUAGUUCAAACCUCAUUUUCUCCAGAAGCAUCUAGAAAGUUGAUCAAGGAUAUUGAAAAUAUCGCCAUUUCUAGCCUUCAAUCAUGGUCAAACGGUCAAGUCAUUAACACCUUCCUCCAGAUGAAAAAGUUUGCUUUUGAGGUAGGAGUUUUGUCAAUCUUUGGUCAGUUGGAGAAGAAAUAUACACAAGAGUUGAAGGAGAAUUAUAGCAUAUUAGAAAAAGGUUACAAUUGUUUCCCAACAAGCCUUCCAGGAACCGCAUAUCAUAAAGCUUUAAAGGCAAGAAGAAGACUGAAUCGGAUUAUUGGUGAGAUUGUCCAAGAAAGGAAGGAGAAGAAAUGGUUAGCAAGCAAUCUCUUGGGACAACUCUUGAACUUCAGGGACGAAAUGGGAAAUACAUUAAGUGAUGAACAAAUAGCGGAUAAUAUUAUCGGGGUACUUUUUGCAGCUCAAGAUACAACAGCUAGUGUCCUAACAUGGAUACUCAAAUAUCUUCAUGAUGAUCCAAAACUUCUAGAUUUUGUUAAGGCAGAGCAGAAGGCACUAUGUGAAUCUGAAAAUGGAGAGGAACAGGGGUUGACUUGGUCAAAGACAAGACAAAUGCCUCUAACAUAUAGAGUAAUACUAGAGACUCUGAGGAAGGCAAGUAUUAUAUCUUUUACUUUCAGGGAGGCGACAGUUGAUGUUGAAUACGAAGGAUAUCUUAUCCCAAAAGGUUGGAAAGUGAUGCCGUUGUUCCGGAACAUUCAUCACAAUCCUGAAUUUUUCACGGAUCCUGGAAUCUUUGAUCCCUUUAGAUUUGAGAAUCCUCCAAAACCUAAUACAUACAUGCCAUUUGGCAAUGGAAUACAUGCAUGUCCAGGAAAUGAACUUGCAAAAGUUGAGAUGCUUGUUUUACUACACCACAUGCUUACAAAGUAUAGGUGGGAAUUGGUGGGUUCAACAAACUUUAUACAGUAUAGUCCAUUUCCAAUUCCAGAACAUGGGCUUCAAGCUAGAUUCAAGAAAGAAAUUUGACAGUUAAUAAUGUCUAGUGCAUACUGCAUGCCCUACUUUUUUACAGGGUUUAGCUACAUGUAUUUAAUACUUUCUGUAUAUCACAUUUGUAUUGUAUAUGUAUUCAUGAUAUAGAUAUAUAUAACAGAUGCAUCUUUACUUAUUAUCAUUGUGUCUAUAUGUAUGUAUCAAUAAAGAAAGCUCUAAUAAAGAAGAUAAAUAUUUGCUUCCUAUCUUAACCAAA